AUGGCUCCGUGGCUCCUGCUCCAUCUCACCCUCCUCUGGAUCGGCACCACCAGGCCCCUGGUCCAGGGGCGCGGCCUCCACGCCCAGUCUGUCGCCCGGCCAUCCCUCUUUGGCCUCGACUGGCCCCAGAAGGCUCAGGAAACCAUGCAGAUCCCGGACAACGGGAGCGCGCCCCUGCUCGUGAACGCGCAGGCUUUCGUGUCCAACGUGUUUAAUGUGGACAUCAUGCGGUACACGCUGUCCUCCGUGCUGCUGCUUCGGCUGUCCUGGCUGGACCCUCGCCUGGCCUGGAACGCGAGUGCGCACCCGCGGCGCGCGGCCACGCUGCCCUGGGACUCACUCUGGACGCCGCAACUCUCCAUCCGGGAAGCGCUCUGGGUGGACUGGCGGGAGCAGAGCCCCGGGGCGCGAGUGGAACAGGACGGCCGCGUGGAGCUCCACCUCGUCCUCACCACUGAGACCAGCUGCAACUUCGAGCUCCUCCGCUUCCCCUGGGACCAGAGUGACUGCAGCCUCAGCUUCUACGCGCUCAGCAACACCGUGAUGGAGUUAGAGUUCCAGGCCCAGGCCGUGAAUGAGAUUGUGGGUGUCAAGAGGGAGUAUGUAGUUCGGGAUUUGAAAAUCCAGGGCCCACCCCAUAAGCUGGUACCCUGCUUCCAAGUGACGCUGCGUCUGCAGAACACAGCGCUCAAGGCCGUCAUGGCGCUGCUGGUGCCCGGGGAGGUGCUGCUGUGGGCCGACGUGUGUGGGGGGCUGCUCCCUCUCCGGGCCGUCGAGCGCAUUGCCUACAAGGUGACCCUGCUGCUGGGCUACCUGGUCUUCCACUCCUCCCUGGUGCAGGCCCUACCCAGCUCCUCCUCCUGCAACCCCCUGCUCAUUCACUACUUCACGGUCCUGCUGCUGCUGCUUUUCCUCAGCACCGUGGAGACCGUGCUGCUGGCCAGGAGCAGCCCCAGCCCAGCCCCAGGAGGGGAACCGCGGGAUCCUGGGAACCCAGGGCCUACUCCUGCAGGACCCCCCAGAGGAGUAAAGGGGUCAGGGAGAAGCUGGGCUGAAGCUGUUGACCACAUCUUUUUCCGGGUGUACGUGGCCGGAGUCGUGUGUAGCCAAUUUGUCUUUGCUGGACUCUGGAUGUGGGCAACAUGCAAGUCCGACCCAGCCCCUGGCGAGGCUGCGCCCCACGGCGGGCGGCCCCAGCUGUGAUGGGGCAGCCAAAGGAGGGCCACAGAGCGCCCGGGGCUGCAGACCUGACGACGCAGUUUGGUUCCCACUGGCUGAGGGGGAUGGGGGUGAGUGGGUGUGGCAGGGCCUCUGGGGAGAAGCGGAAGAGACUCAGCUCUUCCCUCACCCCGGAGGACCGCAGGCUGCCCUGAGCUCCCCCUCUGUUAGCCUGCAAGCAGAGAGCAUGAAAUAAACCCAUCACCCAA